CUGUCAAUUGUCACUUUUCUAACAUAACCAAACAAUUUUUUAAAUUAGUCAAGUGCAUUUUUUGUGUAUUUAUCGGUUCAAAUUGUUCGUAAUGGCUAGUUUUAAGGAACGAUGUGUUGAAUAUUUCGGUACUGAUGAUAUUUACGAGAUAUUAGGCGUUGAACGCGACGCUACAGAGAAAGAGAUUAAGAAAGCGUAUCACAAAUUGUCCCUUUUGGUACAUCCCGACCGAGUUGACGACAGUAAGAAGGCGUUAAGUACCGAGAAAUUUAAAGUUCUUGGUAAAAUACACGCGAUUCUUCAUGACAAAGAAAAGAGGAAGAUUUAUGACGAUUACGGCGAGAUUGAUGAAGAAACCGACUCCAGUUUCAAUUGGAUUGAUUAUUGGAGGGCGAUCUUCAAGAAAAUCGACGUCAAAGUGAUUGAAGAAUACGAAAAAAAAUACAUUGGAUCUGAGACUGAAUUGCGUGAUAUUAAAAAGGCUUAUGUUGCCAGUAAAGGCAACAUGGACCUGAUUUUGGAGAUGGUACCAUUCAGCAAUUGUGCUAACGAACCCAGAAUCAUAGAAAUCGUAAGAAAAAUGGUCGAUGAUGGUGAAGUUGAAGAAUAUCCUGGAUUUUUCAAUGAACCAGCAGCCAAAAAAGCUCGCAGGAAGAAGAAGGAAGACAAGGAGAAGAAAGUUGCGGAAAAAAUCAACAGACAAACUUUGGACCAAGAAAUCAAAUUAAAUAACGAGCGACGUUUAAAAGGCUUUGCCGACAUGAUUUCAGAUUUGGAAGCCAAAUAUGGAGGGGCAAAAAAGCGCAAAUCACUGACAGAUGGACAAAAAACAACACCGGUAAAGAAGCGCAAAGCUAGGAAAUAAUUCAAGUUUUAUAUGUUUUGAAAUAAAAUAUUACCCACUC